UGGUAAAUUUUAACAUUGAAUAUUUAGCCCGCCUCGCAGACGACGCCUCAACAUGGCAGCGUGUAGAGUGUUCCUCACCUUGUCUUCUUCUCGUUUCUCACAGAGUCUGCAGGCUAAUUAUUGCCGGAAUGGGAGCCUUGCCAGUCUAGCCAUAUCACGAGUUUUUCCAGCCUUUGUUCAGACCCGCAACUAUGCUGAGAAGAGGAUAUACCAACGAGAUAAGCCUCACUGCAACAUUGGUACUAUUGGGCACGUUGAUCAUGGGAAAACAACACUAACAGCUGCUAUUACUAAAGUUCUUGCAGGUAAGGAGUUAGCUAAAGCAAAACGUUAUGAUGAAAUUGACAAUGCCCCACAGGAGAAAGCCCGAGGAAUCACCAUCAAUGUUGCUCACAUUGAAUACAACACAGAAAACAGACAUUAUGGUCACACAGACUGCCCAGGACAUGCUGAUUACAUCAAAAACAUGAUCAUUGGCACAUCACAGAUGGAUGGAGCAAUCCUUGUUGUGGCAGCCACUGAUGGUGUGAUGCCCCAAACCAGGGAACAUCUUGUUCUUGCCAAGCAAAUUGGUAUUGAACACAUUGUUGUAUUUAUAAAUAAGCUUGAUGCUGCGGACGAGGAAAUGGUGGAGUUGGUGGAAAUGGAAGUACGUGAACUUAUGACGGAGAUGGGUUAUGAUGGUGACAAUGCUCCAUUGGUGAAAGGAUCUGCUUUAGCAGCCAUAGAAGAGAGAAAUGAGGAAAUAGGAACUAAGGCCAUUGAAGAACUUAUGAAAAUAGUUGACGAACAUAUACCAACUCCUGUGAGAGAGUUGGAUAAGCCCUUCUUACUGCCCGUGGAAAGUGUCUACUCUAUUGCAGGUCGUGGUACUGUUGUUGGUGGCCGGCUUGAGCGUGGCACAAUAAAGAAAGGGAUGGACGGUGAAUUUAUUGGUUUUGGGAAGAAAAUCAAGAGCACCAUCACUGGUAUUGAAAUGUUCCAUAAAACCCUGGAAGAGGCUCAUGCUGGGGAUCAAAUGGCAGCUCUCGUACGAGGCCUUAAAAGGGACGAUGUUACAAAAGGCAUGGUUUUGGCUAAACCAGGAAGCGUUAAAGCUCACGACAACAUUGAAGGGCAGGUGUAUGUUCUGACAAAGGAUGAAGGUGGCAGAUCCAAGCCUUUUACAUCAUAUCUUCAGAUGUUGGUAUACAGCAAAACUUGGCGAUCAUCUGCUCAGGUCAUCGUUGUUGAUAAAGAGAUGGUGAUGCCAGGAGAAGAUGCUAAGCUCAGAAUACGCUUGAUGAAACCCAUGGUUGCGGAGAAAGGUCAGCGAUUUACUCUCCGUGAAGGAAGUGUCACAAUUGGAACUGGUGUCAUAACAACCAUCAACAAGGACAUGACUGAAGACGAAAAAUUGGAGGUCCAGGAGGGCAAAAAAUACAGAGAGAAGAAGCUUAAAGCUCAGAAUAAGUAAUACAGCUGUACUAAGUAACAGUGGUGGUUAUCAGUGCAUUAACUACACUUAUCCAAGACAAGUUUCACUUGAAGUGUAAUCAAUUUCCACUCAAUUUGUUGGGAGCACUUUAAACCAUAGUAUUGUAUACACCUCCAGACCUUGAACCGGGUAAGUCCAUCGAAGCUGAGAGUUUUUACUUUAUUUAUGGUAAUUUAUUGCAGUAUUUGGAAUUUUAUUCUUAGUUACUGAUGAUAAAGCGGAGAAUUAAUUUUUUUUUUUUGGUAUUGCGUAUUUCUAUUUUGGUGAGGCUUGUCUGGGAUUUUCACAUUAUUUUAUUUAAAAUAAAAAAGAAAGCUAUUCAAGAACAAAUGACUGGAAGUGCUGAUACGAAUGAUGGGUAAAUACAAGGUUCUGGACUUUGCAUUAUUGUAUUAUAUAGAAUAAAACAAAUACUGUAGUGUACAUUAUAUAUUCUAUGAAUGUAGAAUUUGGGAAUAAUUUGAAUUCAAUUUUGAAUUUAUUUGAAUUAGAGGCUAUGACAGCAAUGGUGAUAGUGUUGAAGAUAACAUGAGGGGUAAAAUAAUAUCUUUCUAUAUAUAUUCAUGCAUACAAUUGUUUACGUACUUUUACGUAGGGUGGUCAGACAGGUGCUAGUCUGAUUCAAGCCUUCAGCAGAUGCACCUGAGAGUUUACUCAUUUAUUGUUGAUUGAACAAGGGGUGUAUUAACACUUUUUUCUCUAUCCAGUAUGGUAUUUCUCCUUCAUCCCAUUAAGUAAGAAAUGGAUUGUGGUUGAAACAUCUGAUGAUUUGUAUGAAGAAUUUUAUCUCAUUGUCCCUCUGGUACUUAUGUUGUUUUUGGAGAAGUCUGCAUCUUUUGACUAUUUAAUUUCAAUGUGAAUACAGCAUAGGAGAUCUGAUCAAUAGAUAAAUCUGCCAAUACCAGUUUCACAAGGUUAUUGUGAUUGUUUCUGUACUACUCAGUCUUUUCUCAGUAUAAUCCUCCUGUACACUGAUACACAUACUUCAUCUUGCUACAAGCUGUCUUAUACCUAUGCAGUGUAGCUUAGAUUUCUUAGGAAUAGUGUCACCAGCUUAUGACUGCUUCUUAUUUAAAACUCCUUUGUGAAUAAUGUAAUGUGGAGUGGCAAGGUGAAACAAGUGCAUUAAUGUACAGGUGGAUCAUGUAGGUAAAUGGCCUCAAGUUUGUGCAGAAACUAUCGUAAGAAAUGUGUACUUAAUUGUUUUUAUUUCUUAACGGAUCCUUAAGAUUGUGAAGUGUUUAUAUUUACCUCACAUGGAGGAUGUGUUGAUUCAGCCUCUUGAUAGUUACACUUAUUACAGAAAUUGUAUUUGUUUGGAUGUUUCCAGAUCUAAAGUUUAUGGGGUUAAGUUUGAUAUUUAGUUAAUAAUGGUGAUACUGAUAUUGUGGUUCAUUCAUGUUUUAUUGUAUAAUAAUUAGGUGAUAGUCAUAUUGUUUUAUUCAUUGUAGUAAUUUUGUAAAUAAAACUCUUUUUACAUAA